AAAAAAAAUGACAACCCGCAACGACACCCCAGCCCUCGCAUCCGGCUACACAACCCGCAACACCACCCAGUUCAACGCCGCCCUCUUCCUCCUCUCCCACCUGCCCAUCCCGCCCGCCGCCACCGUCCUCGACAUCGGCUGCGGCCCAGGCAACCUCGCCGCCCACAUCUCCACCCUCACCAGCCCGCCCGCCCACGUCACCGGCAUCGACCCCUCCACCGACCGCAUCGCCCUCGCCACCCAAACCCACGCCCACAACCCCCUCCUAACCUUCCACGUCGGCAUCGCAGAAGACCUCUCCCGCUUCCCCGACGCCGCCUUCGACAUCGUCUUCGUCAACAGCACCCUCCACUGGGUCGCCGACCAGGCGCGCGCGAUCCGCGAGUUCGCCCGCGUCCUGAAGCCGGGCGGGCGGCUGGGCGUCAGCGGCGGAAGCGGCGACUUCGAGGCUGCGCAUGAGCGGAUCAAGGCGCGGGUUCUUGCGCGUGCGCCGUAUGCGGCGUUUGAGGAGGUUGGGGGCCCGCAUUUUCUGACGCGCGGGGAGAUGAAUGGGUUGUUGGAUGGGGGCGGGUUUACGGGUGGGAGGGAGAUGUGGGUUAAUCGGAUUGUGGUGGAGAGGGAGGGCCCCGGGGAGAUGGUGGAGUGGUUGGAUACGAGUAGUUCGGGGCAGACGUAUGGUGGGGUGCCGCCUGGGGAGUUGAGGGAGAGGUGUAGGGAGGAGAUGAGGGUGGAGUGGGAGGCGGAGAGGGAGGCGGAUGGGUGGAUUCGGAUGGGGAUGGAGUUGUUGGUUGUUGUUGCGGUGAAGGGGGAGUAGGAGGGGAGGGGCGUGGUGUGGUGUGGUAUAGCUAAUUAGUGUGUAUAGCUGGUGUGUACACGAUUAUGAAUAUACAUGUAUGUAUGAAUGUAUGUAUGUACAUAUGCAACCCGCU